CCGGAUGAGGUGAAGCGCGCGAGAUCGUGACUCGGAAGCGGAAACGCGCGCGUUGCAUGCCGGGUUCUGCCGACCGCGCUGUAGGGCCGCACGUGAGAGUCCGGGCCUCGGGAGCCGUCGCCGCCGCCUCCUCCGCGUCUCCUGUCGCCCCACCUACAAAAUGCCUCUCGGGUGUAGAUUCUACCAGCACAAAUUUCCAGAGGUGGAAGAUGUGGUGAUGGUGAAUGUGCGGUCCAUCGCAGAGAUGGGCGCCUAUGUGAGCCUGCUGGAGUACAACAACAUCGAGGGCAUGAUCCUGUUGAGCGAGCUCUCCCGCAGGCGCAUCCGCUCAAUCAACAAGCUCAUCCGCAUCGGUCGCAACGAGUGCGUUGUUGUCAUCCGAGUGGACAAAGAGAAAGGAUACAUCGACUUGUCCAAAAGAAGAGUGUCUCCUGAAGAGGCUUUGAAGUGUGAAGAUAAGUUUACAAAAUCAAAAACGGUGUACAGCAUUUUAAGACACGUGGCUGAAGUACUGGAUUACUCCAAAGAUGAGCAGCUGGAGAGUCUGUAUCAGCGGACAGCCUGGGUCUUUGAUGAAAAAUACAACAAGCCUGGAUACGGUGCUUACGAUGCCUUCAAGCUCGCCGUUUCAGACCCCAGUGUGCUCGACUUGCUGGAUUUGACGGAGGAAGAGAAGGGAGUGCUGCUGGAGAACAUCCACAGGCGGCUGACGCCACAGGCCGUCAAAAUCCGUGCAGAUAUUGAGGUGGCCUGCUAUGGCUAUGAAGGGAUUGAUGCUGUCAAAGAGGCACUGAAGGGAGGCCUGGCAUGUUCCACAGAGAAGAUGCCGAUCAAGAUUAACCUGAUAGCACCUCCACGCUACGUGAUGACAACCACAACUCUGGAGAGGACAGAAGGCCUCUCCAUUCUCAAUCAGGCGAUGGCAACCAUCAAGGAGAAGAUCGAGGAGAAACGUGGUGUCUUCAACGUUCAGAUGGCGCCGAAGGUGGUGACCGACAUUGAUGAAACGGAGCUCGCCCGGCAGCUUGAGAAGCUCGAAAAGGAGAAUGCGGAAGUGGACGGUGACGACGACGCAGAGGAGAUGGAAGCGGAGGAUUAAUACGCUUUGGUUAUUCAACAGCAUUUGACUUUUGUUCAUGCAUUGGUAUUGUUGGAAAGUGGUCAACAAAAGUUAUUUCACUGAACAAAAUCUUUUAAGUUAAAAAGGUUGUUUACCUGGAAGAACCCCCUCCAAGUAAAAAUGGAAAACUUUUGAACCUAAAAUUGAAGAAAAUUUAAAUGACAAACUAAUAACAGUAGCAAAUACUGUGGCACGUAAUAAUGCUGUCCUUUACCAAAGGCAAUGGGUGCCUAAGUGUAUUCAUAUAAAUGCCAACAGACUAGCCGAAUCUGAGUAUUAUACACCUCCAGUGUAUUAAGCUCAAAAGCAGCAAUGCCUGUGUGGUUUGAAUGAUGGUGAGCAGUUGCUUAAUAAUAACAAUAUCUCUUUAUAACCUUAAGUCACCAUUUUGGCCAUUACCUACAUAUAGUUUACAUUCCAAAUCAGUGCUACUUACCACAUUUGAAAAAUUGUGAGGUCUCAACAUGCAGGAUAUGGCUGUAUUUGGUUUUAGUAAAUUGUUGAAUAAAAAGUCCAACUGAU